AUGCCUCGCCGCGCCGCCCCAGAACCAAAGCCCCGCAAACCGCAAUACUCCCCCGAAAAGCGCGCCCGCAUCGCCGUCCUCUCGGAGCUCGGCAUGUCCCUCAAAGAAAUCUCCAUCAAGGAGGAAGUCCCCGUCUCCUCCAUCAAGGGCAUCGUCACGCGCUACCGCCUCCAGCAGGCAGGCCGCGACCGGCCCCGUCCGGGCCGCCCCCGUAUUCUGUCUGAUCGGGACGUCAAGACGCUCCUGCGCGUGCUGCAGGAGAAGCCGGCCUGCUCGUACGCCGAGCUGAAGCGCGACGCGGGCGUGACGUGCGCGACCAAGACGCUGGUGCGGUAUUUGCAGAUGGAGGGGUUGAAGCCGACGAAGCCGCCUGCGGGGGAUUCCGAGGAGGAGGCGGAGAGGCUGAGGGUUUUGGUUGAGGAGGGGGAAGGGGAGGAGGUGUGA